GGCCAUGGCAACUGUACCUAAGUUAUUAUAGAAUGAUAUGUUUCGUAAUGAAAUUUAAGAGUAAGCAACCUCAGCGAAAAUGAAGAUUUAGAAUUUCUAAUUGCAAAGUUUAGCUUCACUACUUUGGUUCUCUUAUUUUAGCUUCUAAAUUACUAAUAUAUUUCUUUUCAUUUAUGUUUUCAAAAGAUAUUAAUGAGUGCGAGGACCCAAACAAAAUUUUUUGCCACGAGAUAGCUCUUUGCACUAACGUCCCUGGCAGUUACUCAUGCACUUGUCCAACUAGUUACCAUGGAGAUGGAAAGAAACAAGGAACUGGGUGCAUACGUGGCAAGCAUAAACAUUUGCUAGCACUGGUAUUUUCUUUAGGUGCGGGGAUUUCUGUUGUUUCCUUGAUCCUAAUUGCUACAGGCUUAAGGUUAUACCGAGGACUUAAGGAAAGAGAGAAAAAGAAAAUAAAACAGAAGUUCUUCAAGAAGAAUGGUGGUCUGCUAUUGCAACAGCAAAUUUCUUCAAGCAAAGAAAGUGUAGAAAAAACAAAACUCUAUUCGGUAGAAGAGUUGGAGAGAGCAACAGAUGGCUUCAAUUCGAGUCGAGUCAUUGGUAAGGGAGGCCUUGGCACAGUAUACAAAGGAAUGUUGUCGGAUGGAAGCAUUGUAGCCAUUAAGAAAUCCAAUACCGUUGAUGAAAAGCAAUUGGACCAGUUCGUUAACGAAGUUUUCAUUCUUUCACAGAUCAACCAUAGGCACAUAGUAAGAUUGCUAGGUUGUUGUCUGGAGACUGAAGUACCUUUGCUGGUUUAUGAAUACGUCUCCAAUGGCACCCUCUUCCACCAUCUCCAUGAUGAGGGCCAUGCAUCUACAUUAUCUUGGAAAGACCGGCUGCGAAUUGGGAGUGAAAUUGCCGGAGCCCUGGCAUAUUUGCACUCAUAUGCUUCUAUAGCCAUCUGUCACAGGGAUAUCAAGUCUAGGAACAUAUUGUUGGAUGAAAACCUCCGGGCAGUAGUUUCUGACUUUGGACUUUCAAGAUCAAUACCCCUUGACAAAACUCACUUAACUGCAUUAGUACAAGGGACAUUUGGUUACUUAGAUCCUGAUUAUUUUCAUUCAGGUCAAUUUACAGAUAAAAGUGAUGUGUAUGCCUUCGGCGUAGUCCUUGCUGAACUUCUGACAGGAGAGCAAGCCAUUUCCUCGGAUAGAUCUGAACAAGGUCUAGCAAAUCAUUUUAGAUCAGCAAUGAAACAAAAUCGUCUGUUUGAUAUUCUUGAUAACCAAGUUGUAAAUGAAGGACAGAAGGAGGAGAUUUUCGCCGUUGCUAAGCUUACUAAGAGAUGCCUAAAGUUGAAUGGGAAAAAAAGGCCAACCAUGAAACAAGUUGAUAUAGACCUCCAACAAUUGGGCAGAUUUCAGGAGCAGUUGCCUUCUCAGAAGACAAUGAUUGAAGAGCCUUCGUUGCAGCAGCAUACAUGCGAGGACUACAGCAAACAAGCUGAAACAUCCCAUUCGUACACAUUUGGUGCAGUUACAGAAGAAAUAGUCAAAGACCAUGAGGUCUUGCUCUCCUAAGGAAUACAGUAUGGCACUUUGAAGUUUCGGUUAAACAUGAGGUUUCUUUAUGCUAUGGACUUCCGGAAUAAUGAUGUAAUGAAUGACUCAGAACUUUCUUUUACUUUGUUUAAUUUGUUUCAAGUAUGGUAUGCAUAUUAUCAGGGUCCAACCGGGGUUGAGGCUGGUUGACAGUCAAUCAUGGUCAACCUUUAUAUACACACGAAGUUCAUUUGCCAAACCCAUCAA